AUGCGGCAAUCGCAACAGUUCACCCGAGAUACCUUCGUCCGCUCAUCCGCCGUGAAGAACAUUUGGUUCACGGACAUUAUGCUUAUUGCAUCGGUUAUCUUCGCGCAUUUUCCGGCGGGCGGGCAUCGAGCUUUCAUCCCUACCCCACGGGCGGGCGGCGCACGCGCAUCCCCGAUUGGCGGCCAGUCCCUUUGCGGCGCACCUCGCGGCAACAUGUCUCCCGUGUGGAUCGUGCUCGCUUUGCUCCCAAUCCUCGGGGGAGCUCAACGUUUUAACUGCCGGGGACGCAUCCUUGGAGCGUACUAUGCUGACGCAAAAUCUGGAUGCAAGGCGUUCCACGUCUGUGUGCGAGUAGCUGGUGGCGGCAUUCGAGACUUCCGCUUCUUCUGCCCCCCUGGUACCUUGUUCCACCAGGAGGCGCAGACCUGUACCGAUUGGGGUGAUGACGACCCCCUCGCCUGCCCGGCAGACAUCUACGAUGGUCAGUUCGAUCUCUACAAGAUCGGAUCUGGUUUUGACACAAAAAAAGUAUCGACUUCCGGAAACCGAGAAGAAGAAUCCGAAUUUGGGCUUCAGAGAGCAGAAACCGGUGACCGCCGUCUAUCGCAAAACGCUGGAUCAAAUGGUGCUGCCUCUGACCUUCGAGCAGCGCAUUCAUCGGACUUUUUCACUGGACAACGUGAUCGAGGUCGGGAUGAACCAGUAGCUCAAACUCAGCAGCCAACGUCUGUACCACCAGGUCGACCAGCAUUUCAAUCCUUUAGGAGAGCAACUACAGCACGUGUAACAUAUCCAACCACCCUUUAUACUACACCAGCACCUACUUCUUUUCCCAAAUCACAACCUUCCAACCCAUCUCAAUACAAUGGUCCCAAGCGAAAAAUAAGAAAACGUCCAAUUUACACCCCCACAACACCACCGACAACAACUGCAGUCGAAUACACUUUUCCUCCUCAAACAUACUCCGAACAACCGCAACAAAAUGUUAAUCGAAGAAAUCCUACUCACAUUAAACAGGCUCCAACAACAACAGUAAAUAUACCUCCUCAAUACAAAGAUGAAUACGUAGAAGUCAGCAAAGUCACUGCAAAGCAAAACAACAAUAGAUAUUUCUCUAACGGUCCCUCACCGACUUCCUUUUCGCAAACCACACAGGCCCCUAAUAAAAACGAAGCUCUUGUAGAGUUAUAUAACUAUGAAAUUCAGUCCACUCCUGUAACAAACAUAAACAAUAACAAUCCACCUUUUAAACUGCGAAAUAGUUUUAGUGUACAAUCUGACUUUUCUAAGGAGCCUGAUUUUGUAAAAGUAAGAAAUUUAAAUGAAAAUAACAGCAGAAGUUCUCCUACUACUACAGUUGACUACAAUUCUGUCCGUGGAACAAGUACACCAGCGUACAGAAACUUUAAUAGUGUUUCAUACGAACCGGAAAAGAAUAACUUUGCUUCAUUUUCAGGUGCUAAACAAAACUAUUACAAUAAUCCCACAACCACUUUUGCUCCUACCACGAGUUAUACAACUGCUCGUGUUGAUCCGUUUGCAAACUUAAACACUGUAGCUUAUAAUACGAAUAUUGGUUUUAAUACCCAAUCUUCGAACUACGCAGAGAGCGUAGAAGACGAUGGACAAUAUCGACCACCCCAAGGUGAGGACGACGGUCAAUACAGACCGGAGUUGUACGAGCGUGAAGCAGAGUUACUGGCAGGUGCCCACUCAUUAAAUAUAGCAGCUAGUGGAAAUAGAUUGCCAGAAGAUCAGAAGCAAUACUCAAAAACUCAGUCACAAAAGUCGUCUGCUAAAACAGCUGCUCCUCGUCCUUUUAGACCUGCACCGACACAAUACUCACCAACAACUCACCCUCCAGCAGUAGAAUAUACAACAACAGUACGACCGCGAUCCGAACCAACGACCCUCCGAGCUUUCGAUUAUUAUCAGACUUACACAACCACAUCGAGACCUUUCGAACCGCCUUCCGCUCCAGCUUAUACUUUUGCUCCGGCCAGUAACGCAGUCAAAAUAACUAGUACGUCAGCUCCUAAGACGACUGAACAUUAUCAACAAAGAGAGACAGCGCCACCGACCUCACCACCUUCAUCAUAUUCCUCGAAGUCCACAAAGCCACCGUACUACUCAAAACCCAUCCGUCAGGAGGACAACAGUUACGACUACGCGUACUACGAUUCUGACCCUGGUUUCUCGCAAUACGAUCACAUAGAAGAAUUUGGUAGAACAAAAACUAAAAAUUAAAUGUGUAUUUGUACUGCUUCCACUGCCAUUGUUUUAGUCGCCUCUUUAGAUAUCGAAUUAAAGCAC